UUCAGCCCGCACUCGGACGCCUUCCGGGCCAGCGAGCCGGCCGAGCACCCCUCAGGCGAUGUGCCCUCCCGCGCCCCCAGCGCCGGACGCUGCGGCCGCCGGACGCCUCCAUUGUCUGACCACGGCGAGGGCCGGAGUCUCCCCAGGACCCUAAGACUUUUGUCAGAAGCCCUUCAGCCACGGUGGACCUUGCUCUGCUUGCCUUCCUGGGGUGCCCUGGGGUUCCAGCUCCUGUCCCUGUGACCCAGUCGGUCUUCCUCCUGAGUUAGCUGAAUGGGCCCAGGGCUUCCAGACCUUUCUUCUAAGGAUUGAGUGCUUCCUGCCCUCUCUGAGAAGAUCCCGCUGUGCUUGGCGCCUUCUGCCCGGGGAGCAAGAGCGCGUGGCCCUAUCCCAUUCCAUAGCCCUGCACACCCAGCCACUCAUCUCUGGAAGACAGAAGAAAACUGCUUCCUCAGGAUCCAGGCAGGGGACCAGUGAGGCUCCCUUGUAGAGGAUCUUCAGAGAAAAUGGAUGCCGACGCACCAGGCACCUGAGGAGCUCGCUUCUUGGGGAGGCCCUGUCUGAUGAGUAGCGAGCGAAAUGUCAGACUGACUCUCCUGGGGGAGGCUGCAGGGGACCCAGGCCGGCCAGCAGCCUCUGGCUCUCAGCUGCAGGGGACACAGUGCGGCCCUUGCUCUGAGAGUGGGGUGCGUGAGAGGACUCUCCACAAGGAAGAUUCCAGGGGCUCAGGACCCCCACAGGUUUGCACCCAGGGAGCCCCCGGGCAUGUGGGCAGCCCAGGAGCUCACAAGAAUAGCUGUGUUGAGUUCCGGAGAGGGCACACAAAUAGCUGUGACGUUGUGACUGGCCAUAAGCCCAGUAGGAGCACUAUGCAGGAAGAAGCCCUCCGUAGGAAACCAGGCAGGGCAGCUCUCAGGCCGGCCUUCGUGGGAGCUGCUGGGGCAAGGCUGAGCUAAGCAGCCCUGUGGCCCAAGGAGCAGCUUGAUGAGGCCCCGAGCCCUGUGAGCAGAGCAGUGGUAGGCCCUUCCCCUCCCCACCACCAUACCAAAUAGGAAACAUGAUCUACAAGUGCCCCAUGUGUAGGGAAUUCUUCUCUGAGCGCGCCGAUCUCUUUAUGCACCAGAAAAUCCACACAGCCGAGAAGCCCCACAAGUGUGACAAGUGUGACAAAGGUUUCUUCCACAUAUCAGAACUUCACAUCCACUGGCGAGACCACACAGGUGAGAAGGUCUAUAAAUGCGAUGAUUGCGGUAAAGAUUUUAGCACGACAACCAAACUAAACAGACACAAGAAAAUUCACACCGUGGAGAAGCCCUAUAAGUGUUACGAGUGUGGCAAAGCCUUCAACUGGAGCUCGCACCUGCAGAUCCACAUGCGUGUCCACACCGGGGAGAAGCCCUACGUCUGCAGUGAGUGUGGCCGGGGCUUCAGCAACAGCUCCAACCUCUGCAUGCACCAGAGGGUGCACACGGGCGAGAAGCCCUUCAAAUGUGAAGAGUGCGGCAAGGCCUUUCGGCACACGUCCAGCUUGUGCAUGCACCAGAGGGUGCACACUGGGGAGAAACCCUAUAAGUGCUACGAGUGCGGCAAGGCCUUCAGCCAGAGCUCCAGCCUCUGCAUCCACCAGCGGGUGCACACGGGGGAGAAACCCUAUAGAUGCUGUGGCUGUGGCAAGGCCUUCAGCCAGAGCUCCAGCCUCUGUAUCCACCAGCGAGUGCACACCGGGGAGAAACCGUUUAAAUGUGACGAGUGCGGCAAGGCCUUCAGCCAGAGCACCAGCCUCUGCAUCCACCAGAGGGUGCACACCAAGGAGAGGAACCACCUCAAAAUAUCAGUUAUGUAACAAGUCUCGCUCAGAGCAAAAGACCUGACAACCCAUAAGUGCCACUAGGAAGGAACCCCUGUAAGUACCCACAUUGACACCCCCCAAAAAACACUCAAAGCAAUCCCUAGCAGAGUAUACUUGGUGCAAAGGCAUAUGGGAGGUGGAUUUCCUGAUUCAUGCCAAGUGUGUGCCACCACUUGGCUUUAAGCACGAAAUCCCCCUCGAGGUCAGCCACCUUCCAUCCAGUGUGGUCACACUGCCCAGGAACCCGGUGCUGUACCUUGGUUGCCAAGAUAGGACAUAAAAGAAUCAUCACUGCCCAUUCACCGCCGAGUCACCUCUGUCCACUCUUACCGCCACCCCUGCAGGGACUCCUCCCGUGAUGCAGGCAUACAGGUGAAUGCAGUGGGGAACAGUAGCACCUACUCCAAUCGGGCAGCUGACUCGCCCCUCUCUGGGCCCCCCAUGUCUUUCCUCGUGGCCCAUUCUUUCUGAGCCUCCCAGCACCUGCCAAUACCCGCUUCCCCGCCCCUUCCUAGAUGGCAUUCAGUUUCCCUUUAGGUUGUAGGUGACUCGUCAUACCCGUCCAUGUGGCCUAUCAGAGAAAUCAUGGGCAGACACACAUGCCCUUGAACUUUGCUUGAACUUUUUAAUUUUCUGGAUUCUGCCCAUCACUGUGUCUGUCGGUCUGACUGACUUACUCCCGUCCCCACACACUGUUAGCGUGAACUGUUCUGGAACUAGCUGAGUGUAAAUGGCCCGCAGGAAGAAGCAAGCCAGGUUAACAGCUCCACCCCAAGCCACCCUCAGCAGGGCUGGGAUUCCCAGCAGGGGGGGAAGGCGGGGGAGUCCUUGUGAGAAGUGCUUGGUAGGAAGGAUCAGCCAUGACGUAGUCCCGGCGUCUGGGAUCUCAGGCAAUACCCAGGGCUGUGCGUCCUCCGUCUUCAUCCUGGAGGGGUGCACGCCCAGGCCUUGCAAGCCUGACUGUCAUUGAUCACUGUUCUGGGCUCUGCUUGUUCAGUAAGUAGUGGCUGGACACUUGCUUUGGCGGGUGUGGGGCUAGGUGCUGGGGACACCACCAAGGGAGGCCAACUGGGUCCCUGCUCACUGAGCUGAGUCCUGGCAGAGGAGACAGAUGAUAAGCAAGUAAACAGAUAAAUAAUGUAGUUGAAAUAGUAGGUGCGAAAAAGCAAAUAAACUAGGGUGACAUGUAGCGCGGUG